AGUACUCUCACAUUCAUCUGCAUGGCUGCCACAGAAGUAAACACAUAUCCAGCUGAGGAGAUGCGGAGUCUGUCUCUCAGUGGUCAUGUGGGUUUCGACAGUCUUCCGGAUCAGCUGGUCAGUAAAUCAGUCAGUCAAGGAUUCAGCUUCAACAUUCUCUGCGUAGGAGAAACUGGGAUAGGCAAAUCCACAUUAAUGAACACACUCUUCAACACGACAUUUGAGAAUGAAGAGGCCAGUCAUUUCCACAACGGUGUGCAUUUACGGCCCCGAACCUACAGCCUGCAGGAGAGCAAUGUGGACCUACAGCUCACCAUUGUGGACACUGUGGGAUUCGGAGACCAGGUUAAUAAAGAAGAAAGUUAUAAGCCUAUUGUGGACUACAUCGAUGCCCAGUUUGAAAACUUCCUUGAGGAAGAGCUUAAAAUCAAACGUUCCCUUUAUAACUAUCAUGAUUCCCGCAUCCACAUCUGCCUGUACUUCAUCGCUCCCACCGGGCACUCGCUGAAGUCGCUGGAUUUAGUGACCAUGAAGAAACUGGACAGCAAGGUCAACAUUAUUCCCAUCAUAGCGAAGGCGGACACCGUUUCCAAAAGCGAGCUUCAGAAAUUUAAGAUCAAGAUCAUGAGUGAACUGGUCAGCAAUGGAGUCCAGAUCUACCAGUUCCCAACAGACGACGAAGCGGUGGCUGAAAUAAACUCUUCUAUGAAUGCUCAUCUGCCUUUUGCUGUGAUUGGGAGCAGUGAAGAAGUUAAAAUUGGGAACAAAAUGGUGCGAGCCAGACAGUACCCGUGGGGAGUGGUACAGGUGGAGAACGAGAGUCACUGUGACUUUGUGAAGCUGCGAGAGAUGCUGAUUCGAGUCAACAUGCUGGAUCUGAGAGAACAGACUCACGCCAGACACUACGAGCUUUACCGCCGCUGCAAACUGGAGGAGAUGGGCUUUAAAGACACCGAUGCGGACAGCGAACCCUUCAGUCUGCAGGAGACGUAUGUGGCCAAGAGGAGGGAGUUUAUUGGUGAGCUUCAGAUGAAGGAGGAGCAGAUGAGGCAGAUGUUCGUCAAUAAAGUGAAGGAGACUGAAGCGGAGCUAAAGGAGAAGGAGAGAGAGCUGCACGAGAGGUUUGAGAUGCUGAAACGCACACAUCAGGAGGAGAAGCGCAGCCUGGAGGAGAAGCGCAGAGAUUUCGAGGAGGAGAUGAACACCUUCAACAGGAGGAAAGUGGCUGCAGAAACUCUUCAGUCGCUGCAGGGCUCCACAGGCCUCAAAAAAGACAAAGAGAAGAAGACAUGAGAGACGAACACAGGAAUCAUCAGCAUCAGCAUUUUUCCCAGUAUUUCAAGCAGCAUGUCUUUCUUUCAGGUGAUGAUUUUAUGAUUAUUAAUUAAAAUAAGCUCCUAAAAUUGUUGUUGCAAACCUAAAACAUCAAAUAAAGGCUAUAUUUUUGGCCAUACAGUAGAUGCAAACACUCCCAAAAUCUUGGGAGUGGAACAACUUGAUUGGGGCAAACUUUCUGACUUUGCUCUGUUUAACUUUGUAUUGAUUUAAUAAAACAUCAGUAAACACAUUGUCUUAUUAAUCAAUACAUGAAUUAAUACUUGACUGUGAUAACUGAACUGUCAACAUAAUUUAUAAUUGAUUGUUUUGUACAUGAAUGUUUUUUCCUCUAAAGUUUUACAAAAGUCCUGUAAAAGAUUAAUUGAGGUUUGUAUAGAUUUAUAAUGACCAGAAUAAUGAUAUUUGUAAAUGUUAAAUGUAAUAUCUGCUGUUACAGCUCACCUGAAACUCUAGUUCACAUUUAUA